AUGAAUACCAUACAAACCAAUAGAGUAGAUUUCGAUAAAUGCCCCCCAUGUCAAUGUGGUAGCAACUUGCCAGCAUAAUUUGUUUGUCGCUUUAGAGAUUCGUGUUCUGGCCUCCUUAUGUAUUGCGAGGAUGAUAGUUGUGCAGAUCAGCAUGAACAUAGAAUAUUUACCAUUGCAAGUGUGCUACAACUUUUGAAUAAGAAAGUUAGUGACUUCAAGGAAUUAGUCAAAAUUCUAAAGGGAAAACUAGUUGAUAAGUAUUAGAAGUAUGAGCCCAUAAUUAAAUUCUAUUCAGAAUGCCAAAAAAACUUAAUUGAAGAAGGGUAGAUUACAAAAGAUGGGAGGAAGCAUUUAUACUUAGACAAAAGAAUUGACUAGAUUGAUAAACUAAGCAAAGAUGUCGACGCUUACUUGGAAUCAAUAGAACUUCUCCAGCUUGAAUACAACUUGAUGGAAAUUAUGGAAUUAAUGGAAACAAAGGGAAAGGAAUACGAAUCAGAAUACGAAUAGGUUUCAACCUUAAGUGAUUUGAAUGAUAAAUUGCUUCAAGAGAUAUAUCCAGAAGCCAUUGCACUAGACUAUGAAAACGAAGAUUUAAUGAAUGAAUUUACCCAAGAUAACUGGAACACCUUUCACAAACUAAAGAACUAUUCUAUAAAGAAAGAACUAAAUUAAAAAGAUAAAAGAAUUGCUGACUUAGAGUCUAAAGUAUAAAUGAUUUUAAAUAAGCUCUCAGAACAACUUGGAUUAUGA